AUGUCCAUUUCCGAGCUUCAUUCGCGCUACGAGGCCGCUGGCCAGGCCCACCUCUUGAACUUCUGGGACACCCUCUCGCAAUCGGAGCAAGCCUCGCUUGCCGAACAACUCACCUCACUCGAUAUUGAACGCGUCAAUCGCAUUUACACCAAGUCCGUUCAGGCAGAAACGGAUGCGGCUGCCUCUGGCGCCCACGAUCCUAUCGAGCCCCUCCCAAAAGACGCCUCUGAUUCAGUGAAAGCUGGCAAGGAAACAGAGUGGAGGGCUAUUGGCUUGGAGGCUAUUGCAGCCGGCAGUGUUGGCGUGUUGCUUAUGGCUGGUGGACAAGGUACUCGUCUUGGAAGCAGUGCACCCAAAGGGUGCUACGACAUCGGUCUCCCCUCCCACAAAUCGCUCUUCCAAAUCCAAGCUGAACGCAUCGCCCGCUUGCAGACCGUUGCGGAAGAGACACACAAGAAACCUGCCGGCUCUGUCAUUAUACCUUGGUAUAUCAUGACUAGUGGUCCAACCCAUGGCGACACGACGGAGUACUUUGCAAAGAACUCUUACUUCGGGCUCGACUCCAAGAAUGUGGUCUUCUUCCAACAAGGCACGCUGCCCUGUCUAACAAUGGAUGGCAAAGUUAUUUUGGAGUCACCGUCCCGCGUCGCGGUUGCUCCAGGCGGCAACGGUGGUCUCUAUGCCGCUACACGGAGUCCCAUUUCUUCCAACGACAAGUCACACACCGUCCUCACCGAUCUCACCAAACGAGGCGUCAAAUUCAUCCAUGCAUAUGGUGUCGACAACUGCCUCGUUCGCGUGGCUGACCCAGUCUUUAUUGGUUACAGCAUCGCUAAACAGGUAGAAUGUGCCGCGAAGGUCGUCCCCAAAAUCUCUCCGACAGAGUCAGUCGGCGUUGUUGCCCGCCGUGGAGAUAAAUUCAGUGUUGUUGAAUACUCCGAAAUCACCACCGCACAAGCCGAGAAACGGGAUGCUGAGACCGGAGAGCUUGCGUUCCGCGCAGCCAACAUCGUCAACCAUUUCUAUACGACCGAGUUCUUGAACAAGGUCGAGGCCUUUGAGGAGGAGCUUGCGUUCCACAUCGCCCGCAAAAAAAUCCCCUACGUCGAUUUGGAGACCGGCCAGACUGUCAAGCCCACGAAGCCCAACGGGAUGAAGCUGGAGAUGUUCGUGUUUGAUGUCUUCCCCUUCACUGAGCACUUCUCGGUGUUGGAGGUAUCACGAGAAGAGGAGUUCAGUCCACUGAAGAACGCCCCAGGCACCGGCUCAGAUGACCCUGAGACAAGUCGACGGGACAUCUUGGCUCAGCAAACGCGUUUCUUGCGCAAGGCCGGUGCUACUGUAUCGGAGGGCGUUGAGAUUGAAAUCUCACCUCUGGUGAGUUACGCUGGGGAGGGAUUGGAAGGCAUCAAGGGCAAGACAUUCACAAAGUCAGGAAUCGUGAGCGAUUUGGUGGAACUGGACGCUUUGAUGUAG